AUGGUAUGCCUCAUAAUCCUAAUUUGUGCACUAAAAACCAAGACUAGAAGAUCUCGGAUACCUUCUAGAAUCAUAGAGCAUAGAGAUAGAGUAAGAGAUGAAAUCAUGAGACAAAUUGUAGGCAAUGAUCGAUGUCGUGAUAUCAUUCGUAUGGGUCCUCAAGCUUUCUUAAGCUUGUGCACAAUAUUAAGAGAGCAAGGUGGACUUCGACAUACACGACGAGCGACAAAAGAAGAGCAAGUAGCAAAAUUUUUGUACAUAGUAGGGCACAAUGUAAGAAAUCGUGCAAUGUCCUUUUUCUUUAGACGCUCUGGAGAAACUGUUAGUCGUCAUUUUCAUAGAGUACUACAAGCUGUGAUAGAGUUGGAAGAAGUAUAUUUGAAACAGCCAGAUGGAACACAUGUUCCUCAAGAGAUACUUGACAACCAUAGGUUUAACCCAUAUUUUAAGAUAAAUGAAUGUCAGGACUGUGUUGGAGCAAUUGAUUGUACACAUGUGCGUGUUAAAGUUCCAGUAGAACAUGCUCCUAGGUAUCGUGGAAGGAAAGAGUACCCCACACAAAAUGUGUUUGCUGCAUGUUCUUUUGACUUGAAAUUUACAUAUGUCUUGCCUGGGUGGGAAGGAACAGCAUCAGACUCAAGAAUAGUGAAAAGUGCAUUGACCCGUGAAUACGCUCUUAAAGUUCCACAAGGAAAAUAUUAUCUUGCUGAUGUUGGAUUUACUUUAAAGGCUUGUCUCAUAACACCAUAUAGGGGGGAAAGAUACCAUUUACAAGAAUACUCUAGAAACCCACCACAGAAUGAACAUCCCAAUGAGAAUUUAAUAGAUGAGGUACAACGCGAAGUUGCAAGUGGAAGUGGUUUUCAAGAGGGUCACCAAACUCAUAGAGAAAAUAAUGAUGAUUCAGCUAGAGGAGAGUUAAUUAGAGAUAAUUCAGAUAUGGAAGCCAAUAAAAAGAAGGCAAGGGAACCUAAAGCUGCUGUAGUAUUGAGUUGGACAACGGCUAUGAACGAGGUUUUAAUUGAUGCAUAUUUGCAUCAACAAACUUUGGGGAAUAAAAAUGGCAAUGCUAUGACGAAAAAUGCAAUGGACAUCAUUCUACAAGAACUACAUAACCACUUUCCAGACAAGCUUAAUUCUAAAGAAAAGAUAAAAGAUCACAUGAAGCACUUAAAAUCGAAGUUCACUUCUUGUUAUGAUCUCUUCAAGAAUGGUCUAAGUGGAUUUGCAUGGGAUCCAAUAACAAGCAUGUGGAUUGCUGAACCUGAAGUGUGGAAAAAGCUUAUUGAGGCUAGACCUGAAGCUGUUGAAUGGAGAACCAAACCUACCUUAUUUUAUGAUAAACUAGCACAACUAUUUGGAAAAGAUCGAGCAACUGGAGAGGACGCAGAAACAGCAGCUGAAAUUAGAGCAAGAGCUACACGUACUGGAAUCACCAUAGAAGACAUUGACAAUUUGGUAUUCGCCAAUGAAGCUAGUAUAGAGGGAUUUGAAGCUGAUGAUGGAGUUCCUCUUGAGCCAUCUCCUAUAAGGCCUUCUGCUGCCCGUUCUCAGGUUGUGAACUCUUCUGGGCCUAAGAAAAAUGAUGAUAUAAAUACAAGUGAUCUUGGGAAAUCUAUUCUAGAAAUGGUCGAGGUGUUUAAAAUGAACACGGUUGAGCUUAACAAGAAACAAAAUAAUACUGGUGGUGAGGAUAUUUGGGCACAAUUGGUGGACAUAGGUGUUGAACCAGCUUCUUUGCUUGAUGUGUAUGUGCACCUUGUGAAAAAUCCUGAUGAUCUGAAAGCUUUUAAUGGAGUUCCACUUCAAAUGCGCAAGGAGUUGCUGCAUCGUCUAGUGCCAAACUAUUAUCCUAAUUAUUAG